AUGUCCAACGAAGCAGCACAAUUGUCAGAUGAACCAGCGCCCCGGCCAUUGAGGGAUAGGCUUCCCUCGAGGCUUGACGUGUUUGCGAAUAAUUUAAAGUUGGAUAUAAGGGCACAUCAGAGAACCUACGAAGGUGCCUACACGAGAACGUCGAUUGGUUGCUUAUCAUUCUCGAUCUUGAUCAUCAAGCUAUUCUCCAAGGAAUUCUUGCCUGUUGGCACUAUUUACACAAUCUAUGGCUGUUUUCUUUACUUUUUGGGUGUUUACCAGUCCUCAUGUGUCGACGUGUUUUACAAUCCGGAAAAGAAUAUGGAAAUGUACAAGACGGGGGGCGAUUAUGUAUUAGCUUUGACGAUUAUCAGUCUUUGUUGCUACGUAGCAGUUUUGGUGUUGAUUUUGCAAAUGUGA